CCCAUGUCCCAAUUCCAAAACAAAUAGAGAAACUCUACGGUUUAAGGCUGACUCUCGUCGAGUUCAAAGCCCAGAGCCCAAAGCCAUGACUCCAAAGCUCAAGAGCCCCUGAAUUGUUUUCUCGAUCGAUCGUUUUUCGUGGGCUCUUCAGGCUUUACAGUCAACGCCAAUAGUAAAACUCAUGGAUUUUGGACUUCAUUUGGGUGUUAGUGGGAAGGAAUUAGGGAAUUCCACAGCUAUGGUUGUUAGAGAGGUUCCUACCAAUGAAUUGGUUGAAAGUUCCGAUCAAGGGGAGAUACAUGAGGGUGAGAAUGGUAUAGUAUCUCAUAGUUCUUCUGGAACAACUUUAGCUGGAACUGAAGGGGAUGCAAAUUUAGAACCACAGGUGGGUAUGGAGUUUGAGUCUGAAACAGCUGUACAUGCAUUUUAUAGUGCAUAUGCUAUGCGGACGGGAUUCACAGCCCGCUCGAACAAAGUCUAUCGUUCAAGGCGUGAUCGGGCUAUUAUUGGUCGGGAAUAUGUGUGUAACAAAGAGGGUUUCCGAGUACCUGAUAAGCGUCGGAGUGUAAUCAAGCCACGUGCACCCACAAGGCUAGGUUGCAAAGCGAUGAUUGCUGUAAAGAGACUGAGUUCAGGGAAAUGGACUAUUUCCAGAUUUGUGAAGGAGCACAGUCAUCCACUAACUCCUGGAAAGAAUCGAAAGGGUUCACUAUUAGAUCAAUAUCCGAAUGAACAUGAGAAGAUCCAGGACCUAUCCCAACAGCUACUUGUUGAGAAACGACGAUGCGCAGCUUACAGAAAGCAACUUGAUCUGCUUUUCAAGUACAUUGAGGAGCACACAGAGAGCAUGUCAGAGAAGAUCCAACACAUAGUUAACACUGUAAAUGAGAUUGAAUCUGGGAAGUCAGUGCAUCGACAACCUAGAUAGCCUUUGCAUGUCAACUCGCUACCAUUGUACUUUGUUUCUUUUAUUUUUUCAAUUUGUUGGAAUUCUAUUGGGUAUCUAUGGUAACCCUUUAUUGUGGAUAAUCAAAUUGCAAAUUCAGGUGACUCGGUAUUUGCCUUCAUUGCUUCUAAUAGUGGUAUAAAGAUAGAGACAUGCUCUCUCCUUGGAUCCAUUGAUCCAUAAUUUGCAUUCCAAUCUCAGACUUUCUAUCACUCCUUUUCCAGUUUCU